ACAAGGUCCAUAGUACAGUCCAUAAUACCUUAACUAUGUACUUGACGCUGUGCAUACAUUUAAUUUGGAUUUUAAAGGGUACUUCCUCGUCUCGCUUUUGACUGGGGAACAAAAAACACAGAGGAAACACGAAUUUAAUAUCUUCUUCCUCCUUCUAUGUAAAAACGUGACACUAAUUUGAUAUCUAGAAGCAGCCCAACCAGUUUCGCACGCUCGGAUGGUGACUGUACACCUUUUUUGAGGGGUGAAUAUUUUGUGCGAUUGGAAGCAGAAUGGAGGAACAUUUGUGGUCAUUUCUGGAGCUGGUGAAAUCCUUAAAACCAAACGGUGACAAGGAAAAUGGUAUUGCAACAGAAUAUAGCAGAAUCCGCUCCCAGUCAGUGAUGAACAAACAAAACAAGGAUCUGACCACAGAGGCAGGAGGGGUGAAGGAAAACAUCAAGAAGAACCGUUACAAAGAUAUCCUACCUUAUGACCAGACGCGCGUCACACUGCUGUCAGACCAAGGCAGCUCAGACUACAUCAACGCCAGCUUUAUCAAGGGAGCGACGGAGAAACGCUGCUACAUCGCCACCCAAGGGCCCCUGAGUCACACUGUGGUGGAUAUAUGGAGGAUGAUCUGGCAGUAUAAAGUCAAGGUUUGCAUAAUGGCUUGCAGAGAGAUCGAGCAUGGAAAGAAAAAGUGUGAACGGUACUGGGCAGGCCACAGCGAGACGUCAGUCUUCGGGGAUUUUGUGAUCACCAACAUUGACGAGUCCAGUCCUAAUGCAGACAUCACCAUUCGAACGCUCUCUGUGCAGUGUCGGGGGGAAAUUCGGACACUUUCCCACUUCCAGUACACCGCCUGGCCAGACCAUGGGAUUCCCAGCGACUGUGACAGGAUUCUGGACAUGAUGGAGGACGUCCACUCCAGACAGGGCAGUGACACGGCCCCCAUCCUCGUCCACUGCAGUGCUGGCUGUGGGAGAACGGGAGUGAUCUGUGCCGUGGAUUACGUCCGCGAUCUCCUUCUAACAGAGCGAAUCACAAGUAACUUUAGCAUCCUGGAUAUUGUGCUGGAAAUCAGGAAGCAGAGACCGUCAGCUGUGCAGACCAAGGAGCAGUAUGAGUUUCUUUACUACACUGUGGCUCAGAUGUUCCAGAAGGCCCUAAAACGCCAUGACAACGACUAUGAGAACGUCAGUGUGGAUAACGCGUGCCUUUACGACGAUGUGGAGUACCUGAACCAAAUCCAAAAACCUCUUCUCCCCACGAAGACGAAGACAGUGGAGGUGCCCAAAAACAAGCCCCCCCUCUCACCAAGACCCUCGCUCCCUUCUCCGCACAAAAAUAUGAGUGACACCUACGCAGUGGUCAACAAGACUAAACCGCGCCUGCCGCCGGACAAUCCCACCGCUGCCACCACCAGCCCCGCCCCCCCGAAGACCAGACACGAGUAUGACAAUGCAGAGGCGGUCUCUACAAACCGACAGCCCCCAGGCUUGGACGCUCUGUACAGUAUGGCCAAGCCCAAGGCCCAGUUUCCUUCAAGCCCAAACAAGCAGGCCGCUCCCCCAGCCUUCCCUUUAGUCCCCAUCUACAGCACAGCCUCCCCCCCUCCCCGGACAGGAGUCAAUGCCGGCCUUCAAGAGAGAGAGACCUAUGACACUGCAAACAGCAGGAAUAGCAGCUCUCUUGACAGGCCUUCUUACAGCAACAGGACCCAGAAGAGUGACAGCUUGUCAUCUUUAAGGAAGAAUUCUGGUAUCUCUCAAUCGACUGAUGACAAUUACGAGUAUGUAACAGGCUCGCCCCAAGGAAUUCCGAGCGACUGCACGACCAGUGGAUUAGGUUUUAACUGUCGGGUUGGGAAACCUAAAGGACCCAGAGACCCUCCUUUCGAAUGGAGUCAAGUAGAGACAUAGCAAAAGAGGGUCCUUCAAUAGCAAUGCAGAGAGACGGACAGACAGUGGCACCACUAUCAAGGGUCCGAUACUCAGGGGGCAAUGGUAGCUACAAUGCCAGCAGGUUAUCGAUUCGUCCCCUGGAUAAUAAUUAUUAUUUUUUUGUUUAACACGGGUUGGUGUUCUGAGAAGCUUUUUCUUUAAAAUCAAUGUGAAGUUUUUGUAUAGCUAAAAAAAAAAAUACUAAAUAAAACGUGUUUGAUUUGA